AUGGACGUCGGUGCUCAGCGGGAAACGGCCAUUGAAAAGGGAUUUGACCCGAUGUCACUUUAUAACCCCAACUUGAACGAUGUUGGUGAGCCGGUUCGUACAUAUCUCGAGGAACAGGGCAAUAUUCCGGCAGAGCAGAUUUUAGCUCACGUCAAGAAACUGCGGGAUCGCGCGUUUGCAGUGUUUCCAUAUGCCUGCGUGGGUCAGUUUUCAUUCCUCGAAUUAAGCAUCGCCGCCUCUCCAUGCUACCCAGAAAUGCUUGAUCGUGUAAAGCAUGGGGAGAAACUCCUUGACCUAGGAUGUGCAUUUGGGCAAGAGCUACGUCAACUGCUUUACGAUGGUGCACCUGGCGAAAACCUGUACGGUUCAGAUCUCCAACAGGCCUUUUUAGAUCUUGGUCAUGAGUUGUUCCUCGAUGAGUCCAAGCUACCCAAGUCUCAACUGAUUAGUGGAGAUAUCCUCGAUCCAAAGUGCCGCCUUCUCGUUGAAAUGAAAGGUGAACUCGAUAUUAUUUACAUCUCCUUGUUCAUACAUGUCUUUGAUUGGGAGCAACAGAUAACAGUGGCUAAACACAUGCUGCAACUUCUGGCAAGAAAACCAGGAUCGAUGAUUGUUGGCCGCGUUAUGGCUACCAGGAAUCAAGAAGCCCUGACUGCAACUAAGGCACGGAUGCCCUACUACUUCCAUGACAUGGCUAGCUGGCAACAUCUAUGGGACCAGGUGGAGAUGGAAACUCACAUCAAGUUGUCUGUGAACGCAUGGGAACAACCUGACGCAAUGGCGAAAAAACACCCUCUCCCGGGGGUCUACGUGCUUGGGUCUAUGAUUCGGCUGGAAUAA